ACAAAAAAACAUCGAAAAGUACGGUUUAACAACAAUUUUUCGCCAUGGAGAGGCUAAACGACGAUUGUGUGUGCCAUAUACUGGAGUACCUGCCACUGGUGGACCAAAUAAAGAUGUGCCGCCUGUCGCCCCGUUUCCGGGAGCUGCUCUGCCAGAUUGUGUGGAGGAAACCACGGUAUCGGAAUGUCUCAGUGUCGGAUGCCAUGCUAAAACCGUUGAGCAAGUCGGACUACAUCUACUUCUUUGAGCUGACCAGCGCCGCCAUGGAGGAGCUCUACAUAUGGAAUGUGCAUUCAAAGGCAUUCGACUCGUACCUGGGCCGCCACCUGAUGCGCCCCGAACUGAGCUUCUAUCUGCGCCGAGACUUUAGUAACCUAAAAGAGCUUUGCAUUGCAGAUGAGAACAUGAACAACAGCAUGGUCAAUACCAUAGCCAAGAACUGUCGCCAGCUGCGCUGUCUGAGCGUGUCCAGCGCCUACGUCACGGGCAAGCACAUGAUCAGUCUGACCAAACUCGAGUCGCUGGUCGCCCGCGAGUGCUCCAUUGAGACCGAGUACUUGAGUGAGAUACUAGAUCAGCUGUCGCUGACCCAUCUGGACCUGACCGCCAACAGACACCAAGUGGAAAAGACUAUACUGCAGAGUGCGGGGGCCAAGCGUCUGCAGCGUCUCGGUAUAUCCGAUGCCCAGGACUAUGGCUUUCUAUUGGCGGACCAGUUGCCGCAACUAACCACGCUGGUGGUCAGCUACCACAAAGUGUCGCCGGAGGAUCAGCUGGAUAUGUUGGAAACCACACGCAGACGGGUCGAGGAUUCGCCCGGUAAAUUUCCCAAGCGACUGCAAUCGAUUCUGUGCAAUGUUGUAGAUGUGGAAGUCGCCCUCGAGCAGAUAGCGGGGCUCGAGAAGCGCCAUCCCAGAGACACACCAAAGUUUAGCGAGAUAUUAAAGAUAAUGUACUUCUUGUCGAAUCCAGUGGGGAGUGAUAAGACGACGCCCCCCUGAGAUUGUUACUGGUCUAGAUGUCUGCCCAUGCUAACAGAUAAAUUUCACCCAAAUGAUGAGCCGCACUUAUAGUAGUAGCAUGUAUCUGUCGACUACCGUGCCGGUAGGUCCCUAGUCUAAUUGAUACUCUCUCUUUAGAUAAGGUUUGUUUAUUUAUGUCUAUGUGCUUCGCGGAUGAACUCUGUCGGAUGAGGCUGUGAUAGUAUUUCAUAGACUUGUUAAACCUCACCCUAACUAAUACAAUAUGUAUUUAAGCCUAAUAUGUAUACAUAUAUAUGUAUGUCGUGACUUCCAAUUAGGAUUAGGAUCGAGAUUCUAUGAAUAUAUUCAUACAUACCAUACAUAUAUUUGCUUUGCUUCGUUCUGUGUGCGAAAAUAUGCAUGUAAAUAAAUGUUGUUUGUUCUCUAAACAUUAAUUUGUACAAUAAGUAAAUAAGAAACUCAGUUCGAUGUAUGUGCAUCCUAUAAGUCACAGCUGCAAGUCUGCAAAUGGUAUCGGUUGCCGCCAUUAACUAACUAGACACAUGUAUUAAUAAUAUGUAUCUUCCAUUUACCAAUUGCACUAUGUAAUGUAUAAUUAAAAUGCGUUUGAUGGA